UAUAUAUACAAAUUCCCUGGGUCGGUCGAUGAUCUUGGUCUCGGGCUUUCCCUGGUUCCUCUCACCUUUUGUAAUUCUCUGCAAUUCAAAUGGGAAGCGACCGGAAAUCCGAGGAGAAGAAGAAGAGUAGGAAAAGGAGCACCUCUUCAUCGUCCGAAGAUGAGGGAAAAGGCAAGAGGCAGAGAACAGUAGAGGAUGAGGACAGGAAGAGCAGAAGGAGUGACAAGAAGGACAAGAAAAGGUCGCAUAAGAACUCAAAACACCGUUCCGCUAAAGAAAAGAAGACAAAGGAUAAGCACAAAAGUAAACAUCACAAAGGCGAUCACCUCUCGAAAAUUGACUUCCAGGAGCUGUCCACCGAUGACUAUUUCUUAAAGAACAAUGAGUUCUCUAUGUGGCAAGAAGAGAAAGAUGUGUUCUUCUCCGAUCUUUCAUCAGAGUCCGCACGCCAACUAUUUGCAGACUUUGUGAAAGUUUGGAACAAACAAAAACUUGAAUCCAAGUACUACGAGGGGAUCGCAAGCGGGCCCCGGUGUGCCCAUGCGUGGAAAAUUAAAGGGUGAAAUGCAAGAGCAGUAGAUGAUCCGGCUUUACCUGUUUUGUGCUGGUUUUCGGUUAGGUUUUCCGUCUACAGAGGGAUGGUUUUGGUGUGACUAAACAUCACAAAUAUAUAGCUUAAUUUCGUAUGUGAUUUCUUAUUUGUAGCAUGGUAAAAGAAAGGGUGUAUCAAGAUGAAGUAGUUGACACGGCA